AUGGCGACCGCAGCCUCCAACCACUACAGCCUGCUCGCCUCCGGCUCCCCCAUGGUGCACGCCGAGCCGCCCGGCGGCAUGCAGCCCGGCGGCGGCUACCGCGACGCCGGCGCCCUGGUGCAGGCGGACUACGCGCUGCAGAGCAACGGGCACCCGCUGAGCCACGCUCACCAGUGGAUCGCGGCGCUGUCCCACGGCGGCCCCGGCGGCGGCGGGGGCGGCGGCGGCGGCGGCGGCGGCGAGGCGCCCUGGUCGGCGGGCGCGCUGGGCCAGCCCGACAUCAAGCCGGCGGUGGUGCAGGCGGGCGGGCGCGGCGACGAGCUGCCGCCGCCGCCGCCGCAGCACCCGCCGCCGGGGCGGGCGCCGCACCUGGUGCACCACGGCGGCGGCGGCGGGCACCACGCGGCGGCGGCGGCGGCGGCGGCGGCGGCGGCGGCGUGGCGGGCGGGCGGCGCGGCGCACCUGCCGCCCGGCAUGGCCGCGGCCAACGGCGCGCAGGCGGGGCUGCUCUACUCCCAGCCGCCCGGCUUCACCGUCAACGGCAUGCUGGGCGCCGCGCAGCCGGCGCUGCACCACCACGGCCUGCGCGACGCCCACGAGGAGCCGCCGCCGGGGCCGCCCGGGCCGCCGCACCACGGCGCCGAGCACCCGCCGCCGCCCCACGGCCCCCACCCCGGGGCGGCCGGGCCGGCGCCCGCCGCCGCCGCCGCGCCCCCCGGGCCGCCGCCGCACCACGACCCGCACUCGGACGAGGACACGCCGACCUCGGACGACCUGGAGCAGUUCGCCAAGCAGUUCAAGCAGCGGCGCAUCAAACUGGGAUUUACCCAAGCGGACGUGGGGCUGGCGCUGGGCACCCUCUACGGCAACGUCUUCUCGCAGACCACCAUCUGCCGCUUCGAGGCCCUGCAGCUCAGCUUCAAGAACAUGUGCAAGCUGAAGCCUUUGUUGAACAAGUGGUUGGAGGAGGCGGACUCCUCCUCGGGCAGCCCCACCAGCAUAGACAAGAUCGCGGCGCAGGGCCGCAAGCGGAAAAAGCGCACCUCCAUCGAGGUGAGCGUCAAGGGCGCGCUGGAGAGCCACUUCCUCAAGUGCCCCAAGCCCUCCGCCCAGGAGAUCACCUCGCUCGCGGACAGCCUACAGCUGGAGAAGGAGGUGGUGAGAGUGUGGUUUUGUAACAGGAGACAGAAAGAGAAGCGCAUGACUCCCCCGGGAGGGACGCUGCCGGGCGCCGAGGACGUGUACGGGGCCAGCAGGGACACGCCGCCGCACCACGGGGUGCAGACCCCCGUGCAGUGA